GCAUGCGCAGUAGCACAUGUGCGUGAGCGAGGGGGCCGGCAUUUUCCCUCCUAUUCCUCCUCCUCCGCCGCCGCCAUGCCGAAGCUGAGCAAAGAGGCCAAGCAGCGCCUACAGAACGUCUUCAAAGGCGCCCAGUUCACCAUCCGGUGGGGCUUCAUUCCGGUCGUGCUCUAUCUAGGUUUUAAGAGGGGCGCAGAUCCUGGAAUGCCCGAGCCAACCUUUUUGAGUCUGCUGUGGGGCUGAAUAAAUUAACCAAAACAUGUGGAAGCGGCUGUUGAAGAUGUGUACAUUCCGGAGGCUGGAAAGGAGACGUGUUAUGAUACUGUGCUACUGGCCAGUUGUUUCCUGACUGUAUAGAAUGUAUUUAACAAUACAGUGAAAAUUCUGUCAAUCUAAUUUAUUUACUACAAUGACUUUUAUUUGAAUAAAUAUUUAGUCUGAAA